AUGUUGUUAUUCUGUCACAUGCUGGCCGGAGCCUUUCUUCCAUUCUUCAUCCUUUCAGGAAAUCGGGUUUCAGCUGAGAACAUCAACUUUUACAAUGUGAGACCUCCGCUAGACCCCACUCCAUUUCCAAACAGUUUUAAGUGCUUUACCUGUGAUAAUGCAGUGGACAAUUACAACUGUAACAGAUGGGCUGAAGAUAGAUGGUGUCCUGAAAGUACUCAGUACUGUUUGACAGUUCAUCUCUUCACAGACCAUGGGAAGAGUACGUCAGUCACCAAAAAAUGCGCUACUGGAGAAGAAUGCCAUUUUGUAGGCUGCCAGCAUCACAGAGAAAGUGGCCACACAGAAUGUGUUUCUUGCUGUGAAGGCAUGAUUUGCAAUGUAGAGAUACCAACCAAUCACACAAAUGCGGUAUUUGCUGUAUUGCACGCCCGGAGAACGUCGGAUGGCAGCAGGCGGACAGUCAACAUUGCAGUGCUUCUAUCAGUCAUGGUGAUCGCGUUGUCGUGA